AUGCCAGGACUUCGCGUAGCCGUGUAUACCGCACCUCCGAUUCCAUGCGUUGAUCACGUAUCUGGACAGCCCAACACAACCUGGUCUCCAGAAUCAUGCACACUAAUUUACUCAGAGAGUGAGGCGGUUCUUGUCGACACAGCUAUCACUAUCGACCAGAACAAAGAUCUAAUCCAGUGGAUCGAAAAGACCGCUCCGGGGCGCAAGCUCUCCUACAUUUACAUUACGCAUGGCCAUCCAGACCAUUUUUUAGGCAUUCCUCAGCUGCUACAACGCUUUCCAGAGGCCAUCCCGCUUGCAACAAGAGGCACCAUUCAACACAUGAAGGACGCUAUCGCAGAACCAUUUUUCACCAAGACUUGGCUGGCCUUCUUCCCCGGGGAUCAACUUUACCGACCACCUCAAUUGGCAAACCCGCUGCCAGACAACCAGAAGUUUUUCCUAGAGGGUGUUUGGGAGUUCGAGGCAGUUGAGUGUGGUCAUUCUGAUACAUAUGACACAACAAUCUUGUGGGUUCCAGCCUUGAAGCUCGCGGUCUGCGGUGACGUUGUGUACGGAGAUGUUCACCAGAUGCUCUUCGAAGCCAACACACAGGAGAAGCGAGAUGAAUGGAUUCGAGCAAUUGAAAAGAUUGAAGCGCUCGAUCCUAUAUUUAAUCCUAUGGUCCUUGGUUGGGGUGUUGCGGGGCAAUUCCUUGCUAUGAAGGCAAAGGCAUAA